AGAUAUCCGCACAGCUCGAGACAAACAAUUUAAACAAGGAAUUUGGGUUUGGGUGUAGAGACAAUGAAAGGAAUCGAUAUUGAGGUGACAGUGCCGACCUAUCUUAGAUGCCCCAUUUCGCUGGAGCUAAUGAAAGAUCCUGUGAUCCUCUGCACCGGUAUUACUUAUGAUCGCCAAAGCAUUGAGACCUGGUUAGAUUCCGGCAAGACUGUCUGCCCUGUCACAAAUCAGAUUCUACAUACUCAGGACACGAUCCCAAAUCACACUCUCCGUCGUAUUAUUCAGGAUUGGUGUGUAGCCAACAGUGGGCGAGGGGUACACAGAAUUCCCACGCCCAAAGCACCUCUCGAUCCGGCCCACCUCAAUUCAAUCCUCGCACAGAUUUCGUCCGGCGAGAAGGAAUCCAUAGGAAAAUUGAAGCGAUUGGGCAGGGAAAGCGAAAGAAAUAAAAAAUGCAUCGCUUCAUCAAAUGCAUCCUCUGUUCUCGCAUCCCUUUUUGCCAAGCACAGUGCUCAGGCUUUGAAUCGGUCGCAGCAGUCGGUAGACAUUUGCGAAGAGGCUCUGGGGGCUCUCACUAUGACUUUACCCCUGACUUCCCAGGCCAUGGAUUUGCUUGCCUUGUCCGAUGCCCUUGCUUGUCUUGUAUUCAAUCUCCGACUGGGCAAUCCCGAGGCAAAGAACAGCGCUGUUACAAUUCUUCGGCAAAUGGCUUCCAAGGAUAAAUACAGAGACAUGAUUGGAAAAAGCGAAGGUUUGGUAGAGGGUUUGGUGCAGCUUCUGAGAGAACCCAUAUGCCCAGCCGCCACAAAAUCAAGCCUGUUCAUCAUAUACAACAUUGCCCUUAGGCAAAGAUGCAGAAGCAAGGUCGUGGAGGCGGGGGCUAUUCCUUGGCUGGUGGAGAUGCUUGUAGACGGAGAUCGGAGCAUUUGUGAAAGGGCAUUGUUGGUGCUGGAUAUCCUUUGCUAUUGCACAGAAGGCCGAGCGGCUGCUUCAACUCACGCUUUGACUCUACCAGUGGUUGUUAAGAAGAUGUUGAGAGUGUCUGAUUCAGCCACCGAAUUAGCAGUCUCUGUUUUGUGGAAUAUUUGCCAGAAUUCCUGUGAUGGGGAGGCCGUGCGAGAGGCGUUGCAUGCGGGUGCAUUCGACAAGUUGCUGUUGUUAGUGCAGAUGGGUUGCUCUGAGCAAACGAGAGAUAAAUCAAUCAAGUUACUCAAGCUUUCGAAAGCCUAUGCAAAUGAUUGGGAAUGCGCAGAGACACUCCAUUUGCAUCAUGUCAAGCGUUCCUUAUAAAUUAAGUAAUCCUGCAACCUCCUUCCUCAUCGAGCAAUGGAGAAACUGUGGAAUGUAAAUAUGUACAAUAUUUUGGGGGUUCUUUUAAAAACCAUCCAAUUGAUCUAAUUCCAAAAUUUCCCCCCUUUAUAAUGAGAUUAUGAAUGCAUUACAAUUGAUAAA